GAGAAAUAUGAAACAUUUUCUCAACAUACGCUCAGCGGACGUUAUAAGCUCCCCUCUUUUUUUACCAUUGAUAAUAAUAAUAAUUUUAUUAAAAUACAAUUGUAAUUGCGUUAUGCAAUACAACAAACGGACGUAGAUACGUUAUAAAAAGUAAUUGUUAUUACAUAAUUAUCACAUAUUCGAUAAAUUCCAAACAUGGCACACUCAAAACGGUGCAUCGUAUACGUUUUGUAUAGGACUACAGUAGUGCACUACUGCAAGACUUGAAGUACCACAUUAAACAUUUUUACCACAAUAACUGUACGUUACUACGUUGCGACCGCAUUACGACAGUAAUUACUAGCAGUUGAGCGUUAACGAAUCAACAAUCAGCUAUACGUUAGUGAACGCACAGUGUUCGUUUCACGACUGUUGAACAUAUCAUAUUUUCCGAAAACGACAAUUUUAUUGAAAUGUCGAAAGCGACAAAAGAUCAAAGAGUUCUUCCAGCUCCACUGGUAAAAAUAUUCAGUUAUGUAGAUGAACAUGAAAAAAAAUUUAUAGAAACAUUAUCACAAGCAGUUUCAAUUAAAUCUGUGUCAGCUGAUCCAGAUUUAAGAAAUGACGUUGUUAAAAUGAUGCAAUGGGCUCAAGUAAAAUUAAUAGAACUUGGAGCAACUACUGAACUUUGUGAUAUAGGUUCACAGGUAUUAAGUGGUAAAACUGUACCCCUUCCUCCAGUUCUACUUGGAUCAUUAGGGAACAAUCCUAAAAAGAACACAAUUUGUUUGUAUGGUCAUCUAGAUGUCCAACCAGCAGAUAUUUCCGACGGUUGGGAUAGUGAACCUUUUAUCUUGACUGAAAGAAAUAGUAAAUUAUAUGGAAGAGGUUCUACAGAUGAUAAAGGUCCCGUUCUUGGAUGGUUGCAUGCUAUUGAAGCUUAUCAAAAAACCGGAACAGACCUGCCUGUUAAUUUAAAGUUUGUUUUUGAAGGAAUGGAAGAAUCUGGUAGCAUAGGUUUAGAUCAAUUACUUAUUAAGAAAAAAGAAACAUUUUUCAAUGAUGUAGACUAUGUUUGUAUAUCUGAUAGUUAUUGGUUAGGGACAGAAAAACCUUGUUUAACCUAUGGACUCCGUGGUAUGUGUUGUUUUGGUAUAGAAAUUGAAGGUUCGAGUAAAGAUUUACAUAGUGGCAUGUAUGGUGGUACUGUUUACGAAGCCAUGUCUGAUUUAAUCUUUAUUCUUAAUCAAUUGGUUGAUUUGAAAGGUAACAUUUUAAUUCCUGGAAUUAAUGAAGAUAUAGAGCCAUUAAGUGAUAAAGAAAAAGAAUUGUAUGAUAAAAUACAAUUUGAUGUAGAUGCAUACAUUAAUGAAAUAUCUGCGUCUCAACCACUGCAAGAAACAAAACAACAAUUAUUGAUGAACAAUUGGAGAUAUCCUAGUUUAUCGAUCCAUGGAAUUGAAGGGGCAUUCUCAGGUCCUGGAUUUAAGACUGUAAUACCUCGCAAGGUAAUAGGAAAGUUUUCCAUUCGAUUGGUACCAAAUCAAGACCCACUAAAAAUUUCCAAAUUAGUAAAAGAUUAUAUUAAGAGUAUUUGGGAGAAGCGUCAAAGUCCUAAUAAGUUAGAAAUUAUUACGGAAGGAGAUGGUGGCAAUCCUUGGAUGACAGAUCCAUUUAAUCCUCAUUAUUUGGCAGCUCAUAAAGCUACAGAAAGUGUGUAUAAUAUUGAACCAGAUUAUACCAGAGGUGGUGGAUCAAUUCCUGUUACCUUGACUUUACAAGAAGUGACUGGAAAAAAUGUUCUACUAUUGCCUAUGGGUUCUGGAGAUGAUGGAGCUCACUCACAAAAUGAAAAAAUUGAAGUGCGAAACUACAUUGAAGGAACUAAACUUAUGGCUGCUUACCUUUAUGAAGUAUCCAAAAUUAAAAUUUCUAGCCCAUAAAUAAUUUAAUUAGCAAUUAUAUUAUUAUUAACAAUCAUUUAUUAUUUGUCAAUUUAUAUCAUUAUUUUAAUUAAAACAAAGUUUAUUUUUACAUUGUAUUGAUUUUCAAGAUGUUUGUAUGUACUGAAUAAAUUUCACAUGUGAUAUUAA